AUGGAAGUUAUGAUCCCUGCGAACAGCAUGGAUUUUGAUUUUAACAGUCCAAAUGUUAGUUCACCUUCUACACCCAAGCGUAUUGGGGAAUUCUAUUGCAGUGCUCCAACAAGUCCGACGCAUUUGGCUCAGUUAUAUCGUGAUUUUAAUAAUUUCUUGUUCAGCGGCGGCGGAGAUUCGUCGGAGGUGCCCUUUGUUCAGGAAACAAGGACAAAGCCCGGUUCUGCUAAAAAUGAAGAUGACUUUGCUUUUGAUAUUGGUGAGGAAGCAUCGGAGACUGCGUCUCUUUCGGCGGAGGAACUCUUUGAUAGUGGCGUAAUUAAGUCCUUCAAGCCGCCACCGCGGCUGCAACAUCCCGCUGGAGCAAGAAUUAAGGGUGAUUUCUCUCAAGGGCAUAAGAAAGAGGCAGUCCCUUUUGCAAUUGCCGCCGCUCCUACGGCGGAAGAGCACCGAAGAGGAAGAGAUAGAGCUCCUGCAGGAGGUUUAUCUUCAUCAAGCCGAAGAGCAACCCGUUCACUUUCUCCUCUAAGAGUUUCUGAUCAAAUUCCAUGGGAUCAAGAGGAGAAAAAACAGCAGAAUACAAAGAAUUUUUCCUCAUCUUCGUCCUCAAAAACUCAAAGAAAAUGGAGGUUGAAGGAUUUUUUCUUGUUCCGAAGUGCAUCCGAAGGACGAGCAGCAGAUAAAUAUCCAUUAAGGAAAUACACAGCAGGGUUCAGAAGAUCAUUCGAUGAUGCAAGGAAUUCGAGUUUUAAGGAUUCUGGAUCAAACCCAAGAAGAAAGGGGAAAGUUUCAGCUCAUGAAUUACAUUAUACAGCAAAUCGUGCGGUUUCAGAAGAUUUGAAGAAGAAGACAUUCUUGCCAUACAAGCAGGGCAUUCUGGGGCGACUGUCAUUCAAUCCUACCGCCAAUGAACUGGCUAGUGGUUUUUCUCGUAAAUGA